AUGGCAAACGACUAUGACUACCUCUUCAAAGUGUGCAUUCUGGGCGAUGCGGCGGUUGGGAAGAGCAGCAUGAUCUCGCAGUACGUUGACCGCACCUUUGCCGAAGACCAGAAAUCCACGAUUGGCAUCGAUUACCGCGUAAAAUCUGCGACAGUCGAUGGGAAAGUUGUCAAACUACAAAUUUGGGACACGGCGGGGCAGGAACGGUUUCGCCCCUUCCGAACCAACCAUUUACGGGCCGCCGAUGGGAUCAUUGUCGUCUAUUCGAUCACCGAAAAGAAAAGCUUCGACGCGAUUCCUGGGUGGCUAGCUGAAGUCAAAGACGUCAUCAAUGGAUUACGAGGCGCACGACAAGUCUGGAAUGCCAAGAUUCCCGUGGAGAUUACUGUGGAAAGCGAAGAGUUGCUGGAGCCGGCCAGGCCAUAUUAUGUGAUGCUCCCGCGAUGUGGCUACUUCACCUUCAUAAUGCCGAAGGUCGUCCAGGGAUUUGUGAAACAGGGCGGUGACAUGAUCAGCUGUAUGAAGAGCGACGAUCACAAGCAACUUUGGAAUUCGCUGGCGACAAACCAAUUCGACGCGUUCUGGACAGUCAAUCGCAAGUUGAUGGAAUGCUCGGAUUCGCAGCCAUUUAUUUGGUUGCCCAUUCGGCUCCACGAGCAUGGUAAAUCCUUCAAGCAACAAACAAUCGCCCCACUAACUGCCGGCCACCCGACAACGUUAGAAGAAGCUGUGCGAUGUAUUGAUAGCACGAUCGACCUUGACGCCACCAAAAUCAUCUGCCAUGAUGGGGCCCAAAAAGUACGCCACGUGCUGAUCAUGGACGAGGUGGACGGGAUGAGCGGCAACGAGGAUCGAGCUGGGAUCAGCGAGCUGAUGGACAUCAUCAAGUCGACGAUGAUCCCGAUCAUCUGCAUCUGCAACGAUCGCUCCCACCCGAAGAUGCGCAGUCUCGUCAACUACUGCUUUGAUGUGCGCUUCCCGCGCCCUCGUGUCGAACAAGUUCGGAGCCGAAUGAUGACGAUUGCCGUCCAGGAGAAGAUGCGCAUCUCCAAGGAGGAGUUGGACGAGCUGAUCGAACUGUCCAACCACGACGUCCGCCAGUGCAUCUACAACCUGCAGAUGCGCAAAGCCCAGCCGGACAUCACGAUUGCGCAAAAGGACGUGACAAUUAAUCCAUUCGAAGCGGCGCGCAAGCUGCUGAGCAAGUCGACCGACCUGAAGGAGAAGCAGGAGAUGUUCUUCGUCGACUACGGCAUCAUGCCGCUGUUCGUCUUCGAGAACUACCUGCAAUUGACGAACAAGGAGAGGACG